AGCAGCUUCUGUUUUGAACACUGCCCUUCAGACACCUGUACAGACAGCUCAGGCCAUUCAAGCUGUUUACCAGGCUCAGCCAGCAGUGUCAGCCCAGCCACCUCUGCAAACAACUGUCCAACCACAGCCUACCCUCCAGCCUCCCUCUGCCCUCCAGACCCAGUCACCUUUGGUGCCAAAUGUGCUACCUAAAGCAGCAGAGCCACAAACACAAAUCACAGUACAACCAGCAAGUUUUACCUUUAAUCCAGCCAUUGUAAGCAACUACUCCUUUAUUAAAUGUGCUUUUUUUUGGUUGUUGUUUGUUUUUUAACUGAUUAUGAAAUCGUGUGACGGGCAUAUUGUCAUUGUUACUUAAGAGAAAGCAGUCAUCAGUUUGCACAGAAAGGAUUGUCCUACAGAUGGACCGCAUAGCAUUAAUCUAAACCUAAGACAGAACAUCAUAGGAGGUGUGAAGGAUGUGCCACUUACAUAUAUUUUCCUGUGAUUUGUUUUUCUUUUUUUGUGUGCAUUGAAAUGUAAAUACAUUUUUUGUUAGCUUUUUAUAGCUUGUUUAGAACACAAACCUGGACCUCAUCAGGGUCAAAGAGAAUGUUUCAUGUAGUUGAUUGUGGAGAAGUAGGGCAUUUUCUAAAGCAGAAGGUUUACUUUUAUGCUGGUCAUUGGGUUGUGUGACCCUUAUGUUCUUCAUUUGAGCUGAGGGAAACAACUCAAUACUGAUUUAUGAUUAGAUACGCCUGCAGUGAUUUGCCAGAAAUGUUUUGGAAGGAGAUUUGAUGAGUGAAUGUGCUGAAACUAUGUCCUUCUCUAUUUCAUUAAUUUUUCUCCUUUUUUUUUUUAAUUUAGAUCAGUGCGGCUUCUUUUGGAGGUCAGACUCAACUCUUGGGCUCACUGGCUACCACUCCAAUAUUCACCAGUGCUAUUUCAGGAGUGCCUAGCAUCACAAGCCAAAUCCUUACCAAUGCCCAGGGCCAGGUUAGUUUCCAGCUGUGUACUACCUAUCGAAACUUCGACCAUGUCAGACCUGGCAGCAUGAAAUGUAUGUUGUGCCAUUUUAAAGGUUCUUAAUUUAUGAGAGGUAAUACAUUUAAAUGUGAUUAAUUUCAGUGACUCUGUGCAUAGUAAGUAAUGUUGUUAGUCAGUGUUGGGUACAUGUGGUAUAGAUCAUUCAUGAGCAGUAAAAUUAAUCUCAUAAAAAAACAAUCUCAGCAGCACAGGAUUGAAGAAGCCCCCUGGUCACCAAUACAGUGUGCAUUUCAUAGGUUUUACCCUCAUAUCCAUGCUCUGUUUAUUUCCCUGUCGAAAUCUCUUUAGUUUCGCUAAAAACAAAACAAAAAACAAUUUUUUUUCAGCUUCCUGCAGCAUAACCUCAUCCCCUUUGCUAAGCACCCUUGUUUUACAAAUUUACCUGUAUACCAAGAUCCGGUAUAGAUUUGAUGUUUAGUAAAUACAGUCAGGUCCAUAAAUAUUGGGACAUCGACACAAUUCUAAUAUUUUUGGCUCUAUAUACCAGCACAAUGGGUUUGAAAUGAAACAAACAAGAUGUGCUUUAACUGCAGACUUUCAGCUUUAAUUUGAGGGUAUUUACAUCCAAAUCAGGUGAACGGUGUAGGAAUUACAACAGUUUGUAUAUGUGCCUCCCACGUUUUAAGGGACCAAAAGUAAUGGGACAGAUUAACAGUCAUAAAUCAAACUUUCACUUUUUACUACAUGGUUGCAAAUCCUUUGCAGUCAAUUACAGCCUGAAGUCUGGAACGCAUAGACAUCACCAGACGCUGGGUUUCAUCCCUGUUGAUGCUCUGCCAGGCCUCUACUGCAACUGUCUUCAGUUCCUGCUUGUUCUUGGGGCAUUUUCCCUUCAGUUUUGUCUCCAUCAAGUGAAAUGCAUGCUCAAUCAGAUUCAGGUCAGGUGAUUGACUUGGCCAUUGCAUAACAUUCCACUUCUUUCCCUUAAAAAACUCUUUGGUUGCUUUUGCAGUAUGCUUCGGGUCAUUGUACAUCUGCACUGGGAAGCGCCAUCCAAUGAGUUCUGAAGCAUUUGGCUGAAUAUGAGCAGAUAAAAUUGCCCGAAACACUUCAGAAUUCAUCCUGCUGCUUUUGUCAGCAGUCACAUCAUCAAUAAAUAGAAGAGAACCAGUUCCAUUGGCAGCCAUACAUGCCCAAGGCAUGACACUACCACCACCAUGCUUCACUGAUGAGGUGGUAUGAAUCAAGAGCAGUUCCUUUCCUUCUCCAUACUCUUCUCUUUCCAUCACUCUGGUACAAGUUGAUCUUGGUCUCAUCUGUCCAUAGGAUGUUGUUCCAGAACUGUGAAGGCUUUUUUAGAUGUUGUUUGGCAAACUCUAAUCUGGCCUUCCUGUUUUUGAGGCUCACCAAUGGUUUACAUCUUGUGGUGAACCCUCUGUAUUCACUCUGGUGAAGUCUUCUCUUGAUUGUUGACUUUGACACACAUAAACCUACCUCCUCGAGAGUGUUCUUGAUCUAGCCAACUGUUGUGAAUGGUGUUUUCUUCACCAGGAAAAUAAUUCUUCGAUCAUCCACCACAGUUGUUUUCCGUGGUCUUCCGGGUCUUUUGGUGUUGCUGAGCUCACCUGUGCGUUCUUUCUUUUUAAGGAUGUUCCAAACAGUUGAUUUGGCCACACCUAAUGUUUUUGCUAUCUCUCUGAUGGGUUUGUUUUGUUUUUUCAGCCUAAUGAGGACUUGCUUCACUGAUAGUGACAGCUCUUUGCAUCUCAUAUUGAGAGUUGACAGCAACAGAUUCCAUAUGCAAAUAGCACACUUGAAAUUAACUCUGGACCUUUUAUCUGCUCCUUGUAAAUGGGAUAAUGAGAGAAUAACACACACCUGGCCAUGGAACAGCUGAGCAGCCAAUUGUCCCCUUACUUUUUGUCCCUUGAAAAGUGUGAGGCACAUAUACAAACUGUUGUAAUUCCUACACCCUUCAUCUGAUUUGGAUGUAAAUACCCUCAAAUUAAAGCUGAAAGUCUGCAGUUAAAGCACAUCGUGUUCAUUUCAUUUCAAAUCCUUUGUGGUGGUGUGUAAAGCCAGAAUUAGAAUUGUGUUGAUGUCCCAAUAUUUAUGGACCUGACUGUAUGUGAUCCCAAACAAAAUCUGGUGCUUAAUGAGUAACUCCCAUUGUACUGGACAUUUGAAAAUGUGUUGAACAUUUUUUUUUAAUGUCGCUUUUGCAAAACUAGAUAAAUAAUUUGUCGCUAACCUUGGCUUGAUGUAGGUAUAUUUGGGAUUCAUCUGGUUCAUACAGUUACUCCUCGCUGUAUGUUUCAAAGCCUGGCGUAACCAUCUCAGUGAAAUGUUUAACACACAGUCCCCCCAGCAGCCCCAGAGUAUCUGUUGCGUACAGUUUUUGAUGCAGUUCCAAUAUGGCCACCUCAAAUUUGAAUAAACCUUUAUCUCUUCCAAGUGGUAACAGCAACAUUUAUGGGACACUAUUGCCACUAUAACCAUUUAAUCUCAUUGAGUUGAUUAUAGUGCAUGGAGUUCCCUGGUGCUGCCCCUCCAUUCAGUGUUAAAUAAUUUUUAAGUAGUUGAACACUGCAUUAGGGUCCCUGGCCGCCCACCCUCAUUCCACUACUGGAGAUAUGGCUUAGGCAGAGAUUACACACCUAAUUUUAGCCUUACCAAUUAAUAACAGCAAUGGGUGCUGUGAUAGGUUGAUCUGGAAGAUGACACUCUGUGCCUGAGCAGCAGUCGGCAGCUAUGAUUAAAUAAUUCUUCCUUACUAGAUCUAGCAGCAUAGCGGGGAUGGGUUGCUGGGGACUCUCCUUUAGUAUGAAAACAUUAGAAACGGUUUAAUCCCUUGGAUCGUCCGAUGACUACACUAAUUCCAGUGCCUACAGUGUUCUAGGGAAACUUUCACUAGAGAUUUUUGUACAACCAUAUAUUUAACUAAAAUUUAGCUGUAAGUUGUGUUUUCCUUUUUUAGCUUGUUUAAAUUCUCAGUGUUUUUUAUUUUUGAAUAAGCUAGAGGAUGCUAUGUAAUGUAAUGAAACCACCCAGGUGUCAUAGGAAUAAAUCAGAACUGUCACUUUCAUAAGUAUCAGUUCUAAUUUAUUUAUAACUUGAUGUGAUGAAAAUAUUAUUAAAUUCUUUUAUCAGAGCAUGUACAGAUGUUUAAACAGCAACUAGAUGCAUACUUGCAAAAAUGGAAUAUUCAGGGAUAUAAUUUUUAAAUUGUAGGGUAAUAGCUUCUUUAUCCAUUGAUAAACCUGACUGCUAUUCUGGGGUCAAGGAGGAAUUUUUUCCUAGUUUGUUACAAAAUUUGAAGUGCUUCAAAAGUUUUUUUUUGCCUUUUUAUGGAUCAACAGCAAAAAAACAGAGAUGUGUUAAAGGGACACUAUAGUCACCUGAACAACUUUAGCUUAAUGAAGCAGUUUUUGGUGUAUAGAACAUGCCCCUGCAUCUUCACUGCUCAAUCCUCUGCCAUUUAGGAGUUAAAUCCCUUUGUUUAUGAACCCUAGGCACAGCCUUCCAUAAACACUUCCUGUAAAGAGAGCCCUAUUUAGGCUUUCUUUAUUGCAAGUUCUGUUUAAUUAAGAUUUUCUUAUCCCCUGCUAUGUUAAUAGCUUGCUAGACCCUGCAAGAGCCUCCUGUAUGUGAUUAAAGUUCAAUUUAGAGAUUGAGAUACAAUUAUUUAAGGUAAAUUACAUCUGUUUGAAAGUGAAACCAGUUUUUUCUUUUCAUGCAGGCUCUGUCACUCAUAGCCAGGGAAGGUGUGGCUAGGGCUGCAUAAACAGAAACAAAGUGAUUUAACUCCUAAAAGACAGUGAAUUGAGCAGUGAAAUUGCAGGGGAAUGAUCUAUACACUAAAACUGCUUUAUUUAGCUAAAGUAAUUUAGCUGACUAUAGUGUUCCUUUAAUAGGUGAACUUGAUGUAAAUAUGCCUCUUUUCAGACAUUGUAACUAUAUAACUAUUGAGAUUAUCAUUUUAAACUGUAUUAUAUCAAAAUUUUAGACAAUCAAGCUGCUUUAACGUUGUUAUCUUGUCAAUGUCCUGAUCAUUUCUCUGUUGGUGUGCAGGUUAUUGGCACCCUUCCGUGGUUGCUGAACUCCUCAGGAAUUACUGCGGGUGCUGCAACAGCUGCUGUGUCUGCCCAGAAUAUGGUGCAUGCUGUAACUCCUCAACUUCUGUUAAAUGCCCAAGGACAAGUCAUUGCCACGUUGGCAAGUAAUACCAUACAGACACCGGUCAUCCGGAAAACUGCCUCGCCAGAUACACCAGCUAGGACAGAACCACAGGUAACAGAGGGAAAGAUUUUUUUUAAAAAGGGAUGCUAUGGGCACCAAUACAACUUUAGCUUACUGAAGCAGUUUGGAUGUAUAGAUCAUGCCCUCGCUGCAAUCUCACUGCUGAAUUAUCUGCCAUUUAGGUAAUUUAAAUCACUUUUGUUUCCGUUUAUGCUGCCCAUAUUACAUUUUCAUGUUUUCUUUUAGAUGUUAACUUGUCUUGGAAGUUGAUAUCUCCUGCUCUGUAAAUUGAACUUUAAAGGGACACAAUAGGCACCCAGGCCUCUUCUGCCCAUUGGAGUUGUCUGGGUGCCAACUCCCACUACCCUUAACCCUGCAUGUUUAAUUAUUGCAGUUUUUUAUAAACUGCAAUAAUUACCUUGCAGGGUUAACUCCACCUCUAGUGGACUACUAGACAGCCACCAGAGGGCACUUCCUGGAUUAUAGCACAGAAAUCCUCUACUAGAGCAUCGCUGGACGUCCUCAUGCUAUGUGAGGAUCUCCAGCGUCGCUCAAUUUCCCAUAGGAAAGCAUGUAAAAGCAUUUUCAAUGCUUUCCUAUGGAGAGCUCUAAUGCGCAUGCGCGGCAUUGCCGUGCAUGCACAUUAGGUUUCCUCAGUCGGUUGGCGUGAUCAGUAUUGCCCAACGACUGACGUAAUCACAGAGGAGCGAUGGCGAGCAGAAACCACUGCAUCGGCAGGGUCUCAGGUAAUUGACCUGAAGGGGUUUUCACACCUUCAGCAACCGGGCAUUGGGAGGUGGGAAGGAGAGGGGACCUGCAGUGCCAGGAAAACGGAUUGUUUUCCAGGCACUGGAGUUUCCCUUUAAUCAUAAUCAGAAGGCUCUGCAGGUCUCGAAGGCUAUUAAUAGAGCAGGAGAUAAGUAAUUCUAAAUUAAACAUAGUUUGCAAUAAAGGACAGGUAAACAUUAGAUCUCACUUUACAGUAAGUGUUUAGGAAGGCUGUGCAAGUCAAAUGCAGGGAGAUGUGCCUAGGGCUGCAUAAACAAAGUGAUUUAACUACUAAAUAGCAGAGAACUGAGUAGUGAGACUGCAGGGGCAUGAUCAAUACACAUAAACUGUUUCAUUAAGCUAAAGUUGUUUUGGUGCCUGUAGUGUCCCUUUAAUUUUGAUAUUGUCACAAUAUAUGUCUAAAAACAGCAAGCUCUAUAUAUAAUAAUAAAAUCUAUAAAUAAAACAAAAAAUUAUCUGAGUCCGUUGUAGACUUUGGUCUCUUGGGUACCCUGAUAUUGCACAUUUAGUGCCUGAGCGUCUGGCAGUCCUGUACAUGAACAGUCUUAUGGGGGGUAUUGUGAGUGCGAUAUCCUCCACACCGCUUGCCUUUCAGUGCGCUUCUCCUGCUCCCUGUUGUUAUCAGUUGCGGCUGGUGAGGUGUCAUUCAUUUCUGAUGUCACACCAUCCAGGUCUUGUUUCCAGACCUCCCGUAGGUCUAGCAUUAAUUUUUUGAUGUGUCCCUUGGUGGACGGGAAAUCUUCUGAGUCGGAAUCCAUUCACUGAUACACCUCUCAGUGGCCUUGGAGAUUGUGUCAUUAGAACUCUGCAGCCUAGCAUCUUAGGUCGUGAUAACUGUAUAUGAUUGCCUGAUAUCAGGCAAUUUAGAGGCGUCAGAGUGAUUCAUUUUCUCCUUUUUUGCCCCAUCUCUCUGUUGUGGGGUAAGGGGUGAAGUGAAGCUCUUCUGAUAAAGCUUUUGAUUGUAAGAUUGUGACUUUAUAGUGAAUUAAUCAAUAUGGUCAGCCAGGAGCUCUACACCAACACGUCUGCUCAGUUUCCCAGCUAGCCACGCCCCCCUAAACCACUUUUUAACACUGGGGUGAGGCUCUUUGAUGCUGUAUCACAAUCCUUGAAAUACAAGUGUGAGAGACAGCAUUACACAGAACACUGCACAGCAUGUGUAAUCUUAUUCGGAAUCUUAGAAAGUCUGUCAAGUCUUAAAACAAAUUACUUGCUACAGAACGUCUGUAGGUGUGGAACACAUAUCAAUCAACCACUACUGGCUAAUUCUGUGAUUAGUGAAGGAAUGUCCUGACCUUUGUACAUACCUUGUUAUUAUUAUGUGUAUUCUCUUUUCCUCCUGACUAGCCAAUUAAGUGUCGCUCCACACUUUUUCAAACAAUCAUUUUUAAUAUAUAACUUCAUUAUUAAAGUAAUUUUGUUAAUCUUGUUAUUUCACAAUUCUUUGCAUCAAUUUAUUUCAUUUUAUGUCUUUUUUCCCCCCAAGAUUCAAUCAGCUCCACAAAUCCAGCCUGCACCUGUUAUAACACAGCCUUCAGUGGUUGUGGCGAACCCAUCUCCAGCCACAACAUCAACUUCUACUCAAGUCCAUAUUAACUGCUCAGAGCCCCCAACUGUGGGUCAACUGGUGUCAAGUAAGGAAAUAUAUGCAAAAACAUUGUAAUGUACACUGGUUUUGAUGCAAAGUUCUAAUGUGAUGCACUUCUAUAGGUCAAGCUUCAACAAUUAUUUGAUUUCUUUAAAAAUGUCAGUUGUAGAUUUAGUAGCUGUAAAUAAAGAUUUCUCACUUGGCUUCUUGUCCAAAGAACCCGUUAUGCGUGCAUUAAAAGUCUAUCAGUUAUGUUGUUAAUGUAAUUAAACAAGGUUAUAUAACCUAUUUAGCUGGAGAAAAAGUCCAUGUAAAAGGCUCCCAUCUACACAAUUGGUGAUGGUUAUAAACUGAUAUUACUUACCUAGAUGCAUUGCUAGGUCUCACAUGUACAUGAACCCACAAAUGUAUGUAUUUGGCCCCUCACCUGGCUCCACAUCAAAAUAAUCCACAUUUUAAUACUCCCACUCAAAACCCAGGAGAUAACUCUGUUCAAGGUGCUGCUAAUCCAUAAUCUAAAGGCACAUGCAGUAAGGAUAUUGACCAAGGGACAGUUCAGGGUGUCUCCUACCAACUAAAACCAUACGUUGGGGAAGGCCUAUGAGUAUAUCUCCUAGUCAAAAAAAAGAUAAACCGGGGAUAACCCUAAUUACUAAAAUUAGAAAAGGAAUGAAGAUAAUAUCUAUAUUGUCUUCAUUCCUUUUCUAAUGGCACAUGCAAUUGACAUCUGUAAUGAAAAAUCUCCCUCCUCAAACAUUAGACUUAGACCAAAGACCAAGUUGGUGGUCCAGUGGUGUCAGAGCUGGAUGAAUCUGAGCCUCUCCCUUGCUGUUCAUGGAGGGGGCUAAUACACAUAUGACACCGGGGCCAGCCAAGUCAGUACCACCCAUCCCACCACACAUCAAACAUCCUGGAGGGUGUUGUGGAAAGGGCAGUUUGAGGGCAGGAGGAUAGCUUAAGAAGAGGCAUUGUCAUGUCUCAUUUGCAGUACUAUGUGUGAUAGAAUGUCUAAUAUAAUAUUAUAUACAACUAUCUAUAUAACAGCAUCUCUCUUGCUAUGUUUCUUGGUCACUAGAGCAACACAGUGGGGGCUAUGAUGAAGAUGGAAUAAACCUGGAAGAGAUAAGGGAAUUUGCUAAGGAUUUCAAAAUCCGACGACUGUCACUGGGCCUGACACAGACUCAGGUCGGCCAAGCUUUGACUGCCACCGAAGGUCCCGCUUACAGCCAAUCGGCCAUCUGUAGGCAAGUGUACUCAUCUACUGAAGACUCAUUUGUGCUGCUGUUAGUAAGGGCAUAGUUCUGCUAACUGGUUGACUUUACACUGAUUGCACCUACAUGAGUUAAAGGACCUCUAUAGUGCCAGGAAAACAUACUCGUUUUCCUGGCAGUAUAGUGCCCUGAGGGUGCCCCCACCCUCAGGGACCCCCUCCCGCCAGGCGGGGGAGGAAGAGGUUAAACUUACCUCUUUCUCCAGCGCCAGGCGGGGGACUCUCCUCCUCCUCUCCUACUCUUCGGCUGAAUGCGCAUGCGUGGCAGGAGCCGCGCGUGAAUUCAGCCAGUCUCAUAGAAAAGCAUUUAUAAUGCUUACCUAUGGUCGCUGGCGUCUUCUCACUGUGAAAAUCAUAGUGAGAAGCACGUAAGUGCCUCUAGCGGCUGUCAAGAGACAGCCACUAGAGGCUGGAUUAACCCCUAACAUAAACAUAGCAGUUUCUCUGAAACUGCUAUGUUUAUAGAAGAAAGGGUUAACCCUAACUGGACCUGGCACCCAGACCACUUCAUUAAGCUGAAGUGGUCUGGGUCCCUAUAGUGCUCCUUUAGAUGACCAAAGAUGUAGGUAAUUAUUAGUAUGAUUUCGAUGCUUUCUUUCUAUCCGUAUUGUGAAAUCACAUCUUGUCUUGUGUGCAGAUUAUUUCUGUCCAAUAUCAGCCAAUUUAUACGUGUCAGCUGUUGUGGCUUUUAAAUAUACAGGGAACAUUUUAUAUUGCAAAUGCAAAGCAUGUAUCAUGUUUCUACAAAUUAUUUAAAGUGACUAGCUUCAUUAAAUUUCAUUAUGAUUACAUGACGUACCUCACCUGUUUUAUUAACUGUAUUAACCCACAUACAUUAAUGGCAAUCACAGAGAUUACAGUUUUGCUACAAUUCCACCUUUACGUUUGGAAGGAUUCAUGACGUGAAUAUUUUAUUUGUGUGUUUUCAUUCAAGCAGACAUGCUUUUGUACGGACAACGGUUAUUACAACUGUCAGUUCAGGCUUGGCAAAACGCCAAUUAAUAGGUCUGGUAAUUCUCAUGAGUCUGUGGUAUUGUGCUCCAUAGAUCUUAGGUAUUUUUUUUAUAAAUGCUAGGUUAUUCAUACAUCUCACGCACAUGAUAAUUGUGGUGAUUGUAAAGGCGCUGUUAUAUUUUGUUUUAUUGUGUCUCUUUCAGUCUGAAUUUCUUCCUCCAAAUUCUAAGUGUUACACUAACAGUAUUUGUUAUGUAACUGCAGCAGCAUUACACACAAACAACAAGAGCCUGAUACUGAGCAUUCCUGAGAUGAACUAAAAUGAGUUUGGUUUUAAUCUAAUUUUGGACUUUUAGGACAAUAAAUAAAUGAUGUCAGCUGCGGAACUACCACCAGUGAAACUGUUGCACAUGCACAGGGGGCUGUACGCUGAGGGGGGCCCAUCACUUGGUCCAUGCAGUUAGGGCCAGCAAAUGGCAAUGUGUGUGUGCCUGUGUAUGUCUGUAUAUCUGCAUGUCUUUACCAGUAUAUCUGUAUGUGUGUCAGUGUUUUGUAUCUGUGUAUCUGCAGAUGUGUCUGUGGGUGUGUGUAUAAGUGUCAGUGUAUAUGUGAAUAUAUCUCAGCUUUCAAAUGUUAAUUCUACACACAAAUACACCCCUGCACCCCCUACAUACAGACACACCUUUCUUUACAUUCAAAGACAAACGCUACUAACACUAACACUAAUUAAACCAAUGCUUUCAAAUGGCAACAAUACAUAAAAAAACACAACACUACACAGAAAUACACCCCUAGCUUCACACACACGUAAUCCAUACAAAAACCACCUUACAUACAAACACACAAACACUGCUCAGUGCUAAAUAAAACCUUGCAAGGAUGGGAAAAUGUUAGAUCCCCAGCUAGGUCGGGCCCCAAAACAUUCUUGCACUAGGUCCCUUUCUACUUUAGUUCCUCCAUUAUUUGAUGUUAUUAUGAUUAUUAUUGCUUCAUACUAUGAAGUCAUUCGUGCGAUGAGGUCAGGGAACUGCAUGUAUUGUUUCACCCUCUGAUUAUUAUGUACUAUGAUGGUUAACUGCAAAUUUAAAAUUUCAGGAGUUGAUAAAUGCAGCUGUUAAAUCAUCUGUAAAUCAUGUUUAAAGGAAAGCGGGCAACUGUAAGUUUUGUACAUAAUUAAUUAGAUCUUCUUUAACUUUUUCCAAAGGUUUGAGAAGUUGGACAUCACCCCUAAAAGUGCUCAGAAGCUAAAACCCGUCUUGGAGAAAUGGUUGAAUGAGGCAGAGAUUAGGAAUCAGGAGGGGCAGCAGAAUCUAAUGGAGUUUGUAGGUGGAGAACCAUCAAAAAAAAGGAAAAGACGUACAUCUUUCACUCCGCAGGCUGUAGAAGCUCUUAACUCGUACUUUGAGAAGAACGCACUGCCCACUGGGCAGGAGAUCACAGAGAUUGCAAAGGAGCUGAACUAUGAUCGAGAGGUGGUGAGGGUGUGGUUUUGUAACAGACGCCAGACUUUAAAAAACACCAGCAAGCUUAAUGUCUUUCAAAUUCCCUAAAGAAACCAAAACAAUAUCAUUACCACCACUUAUCCCCUUCCAUCAAAUCCCCUACUUACUGGAGGUGAUUCCAUGUGACGUUCUUUUGUGAAAGCACUUUGUGACUCAGUUCCUGCUUUGCCGUAACAUAGACAGCUGUCCCAUGCAACCGACCCUUUGCCUAAUUUUUUUUUUUUUUAAUACAAAAAACAAGCGUGGUAAAAGGUUGAUAGCCAUCUUGACCAGAACUCUCAGGUGGCCUUCUUACAAAGAUUUGGAUAUACUUUGUUCUCAAAGUGCCAAAUUGAUCUCCCUUUAUGUUGGGAAACCAAACCUUUGGCUUGAGUAAGAAACAAGGAUCAUUACUUGUUGCUCUAACUUAGUUAUGACUAUGUGGUUUGCCUGGGAUAGCACUUACCUGGGAUAAUCUGGGAAACCCUUACUCAGCAACACCACAGCAAGAGGAGUCUUUGAAGGCCAGCAAAGAUAAUUUUAAAACCAGAGAUUUUAUGUAUCACAUUUUAUGUUUUAUCUACAUUCUAUGUUUUAUCUAUGUUUUUUUUGUGUGUUUUUUUAUAUAUAUACAUUUUGCACAAAUUAAUUUGUUCAUCAACUGCUUUCAUGUGCACGUUCCACUGCCAGAACCCAGAGGCAUGUUCAUUCUGCAGGAAGCAUGCCCAUUAUUCAAUAUGUGUUCCGAAAGGUAAAAAAAUAAUUAUUGCGGGUCAAAACUUUGGAUGAUGAGGAAAACGUUUUUUCAUAUUAUUUUAUAUUUUUUAUAUCUACAUAUGUAUAUUUUUUGCAGUGAGUGUUGCUUGCAUUUAGAAACUGUGUGUCUGCAGAAACAGACCAUUAACACACUUGCUUGCAGUUUUCCAGAACUAGUGUUAACCUGAUUAUUUAUUCAUUUGAAAUUAUGUUAUUUUAUUGUUUCUAAAUCUUGAUUGUUCUCCCAGUGCUGCACUGGAGUGGAGUUAAAAAUUCCACUAAAAUAACAAAUUAAUUUGCAAUUUAGCGCUUUAUCGCCAAGUGGGACAAAAUAACAUUUCUAUAUACGUGUGAGUGUAUGUAGGUGUUUCAAUAAAUGUUUAUUUUUGUUUAAUUGCUAAGAUUUUCAAAUUGUUAUAUAUUUGUGUGCAAAAGAAUGUGAAUAAUACAUGCGUGUGUUUGUAAACACACUGAUUUCUACUGUAUUUAUGGAUACGUAGAUUGAUCGUAAUUGUCUCUGCCUCAGUAGACUUUUAUUGAAAUAACGGUUUGGUUGGGUAGAUGAAACCUUGAUCAAUGUAUCCCUACUUACAGGCUCAUGUUUGAUUCACAUGAUAAAUCCUAUGAAAGGCUAUGUUUUCUGAGGUCUGCAUAGUAUUUAUAAAUAAAAGAGUAAAACAGUUGAUAAUAUUAAUUUUGAUUAGCCCAACAUAGCCCGGAUACCAAAUGAAGCCAAACAAUAUAAAUAUAUAUAUGGAUAUAGGCUUGUUCAUUUGUAUAUUGUUUAUGGUGGGCAUGUUACUUCCAUGAUGCAGAUACAAAUUAACUGAGAAUUAUGCAACAUAUUUGUGCAAGAAUGUGUUUUAGCUAGUUCGAACAAUUAGAUUCCUUUUACUCUACCCCCAAACUAACCAAUCUGCCAACUCCAAAGGUAGAUCACAUUUCUUCGUUCCGGCUCAGAUUAAAAGGCAUUUGAUUUAUGCGCACCGGCUGAAAACAUUUGUGUACAGGUUUUGUAUGCGAUAAAAUAUAAUUUUAUUGAACGACCAUACCAUUUUAAAGAUGAGUAUUUUCUUUCUGUGCAAAGUAUAUGAACUGAGUAUUUGAUAAUGUUACUCACAAGCCCAAUGAUUAGCACACUACAGAAGGUUAGUACGAAAAAAACAAACAAAGGACAGCCACUUAACUAGAGUGUGUUCCCUACCUACAAAAUAUAAAGUACAUGCUGUUUACAUGUUAGGGGUGGCUGUGAAAUAAAAAACAACAUUUAUAUUUGUAUUUAUUUAGGAAUGCACAAUGUCAGAAGCAGAUCUUGGCUUUAAGAUAGUGUCCUAAAUGGACUCUUCAAACACCAUAACCCUUAUAGAUUUCUGAAAUGGUUAUGGUGCAGUGAAGCAAUAUGCAGAGUACCUAAUUUUUUGGCACAUUGUUUUCAGUCAUAUGAAAAACUGGCAAAAAGAUUAUCCAAGCACCCAAAGUUCAUCCCUUACUUUACAACAUCAUAAUGGAAACACAUAGCUUCCUCAUUACAGUUUUAAACUAGUAUCAAUUUGGGUGCUAUUGAAAAGGCCUGGGUCAAUUUGGCAUGGCCAUAUGAUGCUGUACUACACCUUGAUGCAUAGGCAGGCUUUACAAGGAUUUGGACAGAUAAAGAGAAAGUUAUUUUUUUACUAUGACGAUGGAAAGCAAUAUGAUACAUUAACAUGCCUCUGCUGUCUAAUAUAGUUAAUUGACGUUACAGGUGAAUGUUGCUUUGAAGGUCACAUGGUUUAUUAAUGUCUCCUGCACCUCUAGAUGGCAUUAUUUUCCCUAAAACACGUUUCACAGUUGAGUAUCUUUUAUAUUACAGGAUAUUUUUGGGUGUGCCCCUUGGCAGUGUUGCUCCCACAACUUAGCAGAGCAGGACAUGUGUUUCCGAGUUCUGCCUGAAAUUAAGACCCCAGGCUGCAAGGAGGUGAUCUGCAUGUUAUCCCCCCUUCAUUACAGAAACAUUACCAUCUGUGCACUAUUCAAAACCAUGAACUGCAUAGGAUUCCCUAAUCUUGAUCAUAGCAGAAAAUAUAUGUCUCAGUCUAACACAGAUUAGUGUG